AUGAUUCUCUCUCAGAAAUCGCUCUUCCUGGUGAGCUUCGCCGCGUGCUCGACGCUGGUUGCUGCUGCUGGGGAUGAUCCUGCUCGACCCCGCGGAGUCGGGCCAGAAUUUGCCAAGUUCUACAAAGACGGCACCACCUUCUCGUGCAUCUCCCACCCUGCGGUCCAAAUUCCCUUUUCCGCCGUGAACGAUGAUUUCUGCGAUUGUCCGGAUGGCAGUGAUGAACCUGGGACAGCAGCGUGCGCUCACCUGUCCGGUAACUCUCCAUUGAAUGUCGCCCACCUUCCCGGCCAUUCCAACGAUGAUCUCAAGGCGGCGCUUCCGGGAUUUUACUGUAAGAACAAAGGUCAUAAGCCAUCUUAUCUGCCCUUCCAGCGGGUUAAUGACGGUAUCUGCGAUUACGAACUUUGCUGUGAUGGUAGCGACGAGUGGGCCCGUGUUGGAGGCACGAAAUGCGAGGAUAAGUGCAAGGAGAUUGGCAAGGAAUGGCGCAAAAAGGAGGAGAAGAGGCAGAAAUCUAUGACGGCGGCUCUGAAGAAGAAGCGUGAUCUACUUGUGGAUGCGGGCAGGCAGCAGAAGGAAGUCGAGGAUCAGAUCGCUGCGCUCAAGAUCGAGAUUGAGAGCAACGAGAUCAAGUUGAACAAUCUGGAGGCUGAUCUCGAGGAGGUUAAAAAGAAGGAAGCGACCAAGGUUGUGAAGGGGAAGAAAACGGGCAAAGUGAAUGUCCUUACUCAACUCGCCAAGGGCCGUGUGGAAGAACUCCGGAAUGCGUUGGUGGACGUACGUAAAGAGAGGGAUGAAAUUCGGACUCGUGUCCAGGAGCUUGAAGAUAUUUUGUCCAAGUUCAAGGUCGAGUACAACCCGAACUUUAACGACGAGGGAGUCAAGCGCGCUGUGCGCGGCUGGGAGGACUACGCUGCCCGAGGAACCGUGGAGACUGUUCUAAACAGUGCACGCGAUCGUGACUGGGAUACGAUAUCUCAAGCGGACAAUGAACAGUCGGGAAUCCACUGGGAGAAGUGGGAGAAUGAAAGUGACGAUGAACCUAGUGCCAUCUACAAACUCGCAGCCUACCUACCCCCUUCUCUUGUUUCGUUCAUAGAAAGCAAAGUUGACGUUGUAACAGCUGUCCUUGAAGAGAGCGGCAUCCUGCCUCCCAAGGAUCAAGAAUCUGAAUCUGAAUCCAAGGCAGUGACACAGGCCCGCGACGCGGUGAAGGCUGUAGAGAAGGAGAUCAAUGAUUUUAAGAACCAACUUAGGGGACAAGAGAAGGACCUUGAAACCGACUACGGCGUCGCCUCUAUCUUCCGUGCACUCAAAGGCGUUUGCGUCCAGAAGGAUGCCGGCGAGUACACUUAUGAGCACUGUUUCCUUGACCAGACGAAGCAAAUCCCCAAAAAGGGUGGUUCCACCGCGCGGAUGGGCAAGUUCGAACGCAUCUCAACCGUCAGCAUCGACGAGCUGAACGAAACCGGCGAAAUCAUCCAGGUGCCUAGGACGUCUUUGGAGUACACAAAGGGCCAAGGCUGCUGGAAUGGACCGGCUCGAUCGACAACCGUUAUCCUGGAGUGUGGCGAGAAUGAUGAGAUCUUGAAGGUCGCCGAGGAUGAAAAAUGCGUUUAUUCGAUGAGAGCUACCACGCCGGCUGUUUGCACCGGCGGGGAGGAGCCCGGAAACGUGGCUCCAAGGGCUAAGGAUGAACUGUGA